AUGGGGUGCUGGCUGGGGGCCGGGUUGCCGGUGCCGGCGGCACGCUGCCCUCCGAACCCGUGCCCGCAGGUGUACGUGCUCAAGCGGCCGCAUGUGGAUGAGUUCCUGCAGCGCAUGGGCGAGCUCUUCGAGUGCGUGCUCUUCACCGCCAGCCUGGCCAAGUACGCGGACCCUGUGGCCGACCUGCUGGAUAAAUGGGGAGCUUUCCGAGCACGGCUUUUCCGGGAAUCCUGCGUCUUCCACCGCGGCAACUACGUGAAGGACCUGAGCCGCCUGGGCCGCGACCUGCGCCGCAUCAUCAUCGUGGACAACUCGCCUGCAUCCUACAUCUUCCACCCCGAUAACGCCGUGCCGGUGGCCUCCUGGUUCGAUAACAUGGCGGACACGGAGCUGCUGGACCUGCUGCCCUUCUUCGAGAGGCUCAGCAAGGUGGAGGACGUGUACGCAGUGCUCAAGAAGCAGCGGACUAACAGCUAG